AUGAUACCUCAACGACUCUCACCGUCAUCGAGAUGGGUAACACAUUUACCAGAGUUUGCUCGUCGUGCUUUUCAAGUUGAUCAGAUGGAACUUGACUCGGCUUUAUCACAGAUGUAUUCGCUUUGCUUGAAACCGUCGUUAGUAAGUAAAAUGUGUAGGGCGCGAAAGAUGACGAAAAAUCAUUAUCACCGAGAUGAUCCAGCAUUUAUUGUUCUUCAGGUAUUGGCGUUAGCUAUUACAGUUAUAGCAUAUGGUCUAGCGCUUAAAGGGGGACCUUUUCAGAUAUUAUAUAAUGUGCUAUAUGAAAUAGUAUUAAACUAUUUUAUUACUGGCGUGAUUUUGACAACAAUUACUUGGAUAUUUGUAAGUCGGUUUUUAAUUAAUGGUGGGUAUACGCAUGGAGUAAGUCGUGAAGUAGAUUGGCAUUACUCGUUUGAUAUUCAUUGUAACGGGUAUUUCCCAUAUUUUAUGUGGACUAAGGUAGUUCAAUUUUUACUUUUGCCUUUCCUCCUUCAAACUUCCUUUUUUGCGUGUUUGACAAGUAAUUCAUUGUAUAUGAUAGGUUCCAUGUUGUAUGGAUAUGUUGUCUUUCUUGGUUAUUUGGAGCUUCCAAUGUUAACACAACAACAGAAAUUAAUGUAUCCUGUAGCUGCUAUUGUGCUAUGUAUGCUUCUUAUAACCCUUUUUACUAGCUGGAAUCUGACUCAAUGGACUCUCUCUGAUACAUGGCGCAGCUAG